CUGGACUCGCUUGUCUUCAGCUCCGAGGGGGCCAGGAAGCGGGGUGACAAUCGCGGAGAUGGGUGGUGCGGUGCUUGGAGCUUAUAAGAGGGGGUGUGACCCCUCGCGUUUUGUUGCCGCUGAUAUUCCACUGUAAUCGCUGAUAAGCUGCCUUGAACAACCACAAUUGCUUCAAUUUGUCACUCAUCCCUUCAAUCUACUUUCUCCGUCUCCACAGACUCAUCUCCCAAGUUCCAAGAUGACCAUCCCCCACUACGGCGUCUGGGUCGGCCAGCCCACCCGCUACGACGCCCAAACCGAACAGCAAGACCCCAAGUCCCCCCACAUCUACCUCUACUUCAAAGACGAUCAGUACUCGCGCAAGGAGCCCGAAGCCGCCAUCAACGUCAAGUCCACCGACAAGGAUACCCGCCUGGUCUACUGGUUCAACCGGAACUUCACUCACCCGAUCUUGGACCAGCUGGCCAGCCUGGACGAGGGAUUCCACCUUCUGCAGUCCUCUGAGCACAGAUAUCGCCACUACCGCCAUGAAGAAUCCACCUCUGGACUGAAGGGUCUGGAUUUCCUACGCACCGAGGGUCUCGUGAGCAUCGAGGCGGGAACUCUCCUGCCGUCCGAGGAGACCUCGGACAAUGAUAUCCUCGACAAGUUGGAUCCCAUCCUCACGGAUGCCAUCAACCAGAAGGCCACGGUGUAUAUCUUUGGGUCGUCGUACGGGUCCGGAAUCCAUGACAUCCAUAUGAACCAGGGAAACUCGCCGUCGUAUGACAAUGGAAUCUAUGAGGAUGGUGCCUUGUUGUUCCGCUUUGAGGAUGGACAUUGGGAGUCGGUUUUCUUGGCGUUUGCGUCCCAGGAGAUCCCCACCAAUGCUAAGGGGCUGCCGGAGGAGGGUAGCAAGACCCUGGCCAGUAUUCUUGGGGAGUAGAUUGCUGGGAUUGUAAGAGAAUGGAUGGAUGUAUGCACUUGAUGAAUAUGAUGAGCUUGAUGAAUCAGGAAGGCAAUCACUAGCACAAUAAAUCGGAAGUUGAA